UAAAAUAAUAUUAAACUAAAGAUAAAUAAAUAUAUAUUUAAUAAAUAUUAUUAAUUAACUAAAAUAAGUGUAAAAAAACAUAAAAACAAAUUAAAGAAAAAGUGAAAAAAAGAAAUAGUUAAAAACAUUCAACAACUUGUUAAGCCUUAAAAUAGGCUCUGCUUUCUAACUAGUCUCUCUGACUAAGUGAACAAAAGAAAAACAAGAAACUUUCUUUUACAAAACACACACAAUAAUGCCUUUAACUAAUUUUAACAACUACAACAAACAAUAUUAUUAUGGCUCUUCUUGUAUAGAAGAUGAUGAUAAUAAAACAACAGCAGUGGCAAUACUAAAACAACUUCCACCAAGAGCAGCAAUAACAACUAAAGCACCAGCCACUAGCAUUAGCAACACUUUCGCUAAAAUGCCUGCUAACUAUGCUAAUGCCAAUUUCACUGCAACACAUACAACAGCAAUUUCAGAGACAGCAGCAACAAUAAUACCAACUAAAAGCUCAUCACUGUUGUUGACAUCAUCAGCACCAACAACAAAUACAAAAUCUUCAGAAGUUGUUGCUGCAACCUAUUUCGCAUCAUCGUUAUCAUCAUCUUUAGGUGUUGCUGUAACGUCUUUGCCCUUGUCGUCGUCUUUUGCAUCUACGUCAGUCUGUUCACUUUCCGGGGCUGCAGCAGUUUAUCCACAAAUGAAAAAGUAUUGUCGUCGUUUUUUAUUCGUAAUUAGCCUCGUUUGUUUACUGCACUCAUGUCUAUUGUGGAACACCGCUGAAGCUGCCAUUUCAAAUCGAGCUACCAAUAGUAGAACACUGAGCAAUGCACCACAAAGUUCAUUAUCGGGGCCUCAGCCACGUUUUCUCUCGCGUGGUCAUACAUAUCGUGCUGUAGUGGGUGAUACCUUGGUUUUACCCUGUCAAGUGGAAAAUUUAGGAACAUUUGUCUUAUUAUGGCGUCGUGGUAUAAAUGUUUUAACCGCCUCCAACAUAAUGGUGACAAGGGAUGAACGUAUAAGACUGAUAGAUGGUUAUAAUUUAGAAAUUUCCGAUUUGGAACCACAAGAUGCUGGUGAUUAUGUCUGUCAGAUAAGUGAUAAAAUAAAUCGUGAUCAAGUACAUACAGUGGAAAUAUUGGUGCCCCCUAGUGUACGUGCCACACCCACCUCGGGUAAUUUACAGGCCCGCAAAGGUGGCCCGGUAACUUUGGAGUGCAAAGGUUCGGGAAAUCCUGUACCCUCUAUAUAUUGGACAAAAAAGAGUGGUGCUGGCAAAUCAACGGCUCGUAUUGGCGAUGGUCCAAUUUUAACAUUGGAAAAAGUGGAACGUCAACAGGCUGGCGUUUAUCAAUGUACCGCAGAUAAUGGUGUUGGUGAACCAGUUAGUGUCGAUAUACGCUUGGAUGUUUUGUAUCCUCCUGAUAUACAAGUGGAAAAAUCUUGGAUUCACUCUGGUGAAGGUUUUGAAGCAAAACUUGUUUGCAUUGUUUAUGCUGAUCCCAUUGCAACGGUAUCCUGGUAUCAAAAUUCAUUUUUAAUCCAAACAACCGAUAGACGUAUAAUGUCAUCAAGGGGAAAUCGUCAUACCUUAACCAUAAGACACAUACAACAAGAAGAUUUUGGCAACUACAGCUGUGUCGCUGAUAAUACAUUGGGUCGUUCACGUAAAUAUAUGGAAUUAUCUGGUCGUCCUGGCCCUGCAGAAUUCUAUUCACCCAAAUGGGGUCGUUCAUCGGACAGUUAUAAUCUUACAUGGAAAAUUGAUAGUUAUCCACCAUUGGAGGAAGUACGUUUACUCUAUAGACGUGUUUUGAUGAAUGAUACUUUCCAACAUCCAGGUAGAUGGCAUGAUUUUAUACUUACACCCGAACAUCGUCCAGCCUCGGAACCUCUAACUCAUAUUAUGUCAUACACAAUAAAGAAUUUAGUACCAGGAGCAUAUUACGAAGCCAUUGUACAGGCAAAAAAUCGUUAUGGUUGGAAUGAGGUCAGUGACAUAUUUCAGUUCAUCGUGGCCAGCAAUAGCAUGGAUAUACCACCCGAAGAAUCUGAAGUUGUUGCCAGUUCUAAAUCACGCAGUAAUGCUGCAUCAUCUUCUGCCCUGCAUACAUAUACAUUUAAACAUUUGCAACUAAUAUUAUAUGCAUUUGUAGCAACAUCACUGUUCAGCAGUUUAUGUCAAAAGAGACGUCAAUUUUGGAGUUUAGGACAAGAAAACAGCCUUGAAGUAUGAUGGUCAACAAUUGUGGUAUUAUGAAAUGUUUAUACAGUUAAGAAAGAUUGACAGGCAG